CGUGAAGCGUCAACAAGUGCGGCAAAACGUUCAUGGUGCUAGCUGGAAAUGCCUGAUAUCGUUUCCCUUCUACGAAGUCAAGGGCAGCGAUGUUGGUGGCGGGCGCAGCCCUAUUACUGGUGCUGCUCUGCCCGGCUUCUCACGCCAAGAUAGGAUACUUCUGGCAUAUUACGGACAUCCAUUACGACCCAAAGUACGAUCGCAACGGUGACCCUAAAUCCAACUGCUGGCGAUCGGACACUGGUCGAGCAGGAGGUGUAGGUGGCGCCUCUCCUGGCCAGUUGGGAGACUACCGUUGCGACGCUCCGUGGGACCUGGUCGAGUCUGCUGUGCGUGCUAUGAAGAGCAAGCACGGCGACAACAUAGACUUCAUCCUCUGGACGGGGUGCUCGUAUGACAGACAGCAGCAGUAUGGCUACAGCGACUCAGUGCAACACUCAACCCUGAGUUUGGAUCUAGAGAUCCUUGUCUCAGGACCUGGUGAGGCAGCUUCACCAGUAACUGCCAGUUGCCUAGAUGCAUGGUGGAACCUUUAG